AUGAGUGCUUCAAAACGAGGAACCAACUGGACUACGCAGGAGGACGAGGCAUUAUGCGCUGCUUGGUUGAACACCUCGCAGGACGCUAGCAUCGGCAUUAACCAGCGCGCAAAAACGCUUUACGAUCGCGUGUUUGAUCGUUUUCUGGAGAUAUGCAGCGAAAAUCACGUUCCGGGUAAUCCAGAACUACGCGCCCCUAGCGGAAUAAAAGCUAGAUGGCAUCACAUUAGUAAAAUGGGAAGCAAGUUUGCAGGUUGUGUUGCCCAAAUCGAGAACCGUUGCCAAAGUGGGGCGUCUCCUGAGGAUUUUUUGAGACAAGCGAUUGCACUAUUUGCAACGACGGAGAAGACUCCAUUUACUUUAAUGCACUGCUACAGCAUACUGCAAAGUGCCCCGAAAUGGCAGCAGUAUCACACAGUAAAGAAAUCACCCACUCCAAAAAGGUUAGCUGCAGAAAUUGAUUUGGCCAGAGGCGAAACAGAUCUGCCAGAUCCAGUGCCUUCAUCUUCCGACCGUCCUAUCGGUCAAAAGGCCUGUAAAGCGCAAAGGUUGAGCCAAGGAUGCGCCUCCAAUCACGUCGGAAGUGAAAUAGCGAAAGCGGGGAAUAUGUUGGCUAUUGCUGCGAAGGAACGACUGAUGUACUGCAGGCAAAAGGCACUCGCCUUAAGCAGAAUGGCAAACCACGCCAUUAUGUCUGUGGAUAUUAAUGGUUUAAACGAAACAGCAAAAGAGUUUUACUUGCUGGAACAAAAAAGGAUCCUGAACGAAACCAAAGAGGCUUUCAAAAACGAACUGGAGCCUAGACCGGAGCCUCUAGACGAUGAUAGGGAGGAUGUAGAGAAUACUAUUGAAAAUAAUGAUGUUGUAGAUGAGUCUGAUUCUGAUGGAGAUUUUUAA